AUGGUCCUCAAUCGAAAUGCAAUACUUCGAUACAUCAUUGCGAUUCAUUUUCUCUACACGAGCAUGGUAUUAAUGGCUGAAUGGUUACCCAUGUCAUAUAGCUUAAAUCAAAUGGCCAUAUUCAUCCUAGGUUUAUGGGCAAUAGUCCAUAAGGAAAGUGUUAUACAAGUAGAGCUAUUGAUGGUGAUCAAAGCCUUCUCGAUUAUUCUGGAUGCGAUUGCGAUUGGAAUGUAUUUUCAAAUUGGAAAAACAACAUACGGUCUUAUAGAUCAUAGCUCCUAUUUUGUACUUAGUGCGUUUUUCGCUAUUUUUCUCUUGUUACUUAAACCAAUUAUGUUAGCGUUCUUGAAUAAAGUCAGACAAGAUCGUUUAGGUGAAAAUGCAUCACCAACGUUCGGAGGAUGGGGUACAAACGCUGGAUCAGUACCGGGAUAUACUCCAGUUGAUGGAAAUAAUCAACCGACCUAUUGA